UAGAAAUCCGCUGUUUGAAAUUAGCCCAUAGAUUUGCGUUUGCAGGUGAAGUAGUAUCCAAAGACCAUGGCCCCUGGUUUUUCAAUCUCUCUAUCAAAUACCAACUGUUCAUUCUUUCACCUUAACCCUAACCUUCAUUUAUUUCCCCUUCUUCUUCUUGUCUCCCUCCCCUUUUUAUACUCCCCUUUCAUCUUUUCUCCCUUUUUUUUUUCACCAAACUCCUACGGCGAUGCCAUAUUUCACGUUUCUGUUUUCAUUUUGUACGAAAAUCCCAUCCUAAAUUACCUAAGAAGAUACAAUUUUUGCUCCACUCUUUUCUGUCCCCUGUUCCUUCUGUUUAAACCCUGUUUUCCUCCUCUCUUUUUUUUUUUUGGCUUGUUCAUCAGCAUUUUCUCUGUUGUUUUAACUUUUUGUUUGAUAUCCAGAUUUUGUUUUCCAAUUUUCGAUAGUUUUCAGAAAUACCCAUAUCGGAAUUUGGCUCCUUUUUUUUUUUUGUUUGUGUCUAUGCCUCUGAUAGAGUUGAUUCAGAAUUGUAAAUGGGGAGAGCAACCGUGGCUGAUAUAAAAGGGAGAGAUUUUAGUGAAUUGGAUAAGGAAGCCAAAGCAAAUACAGAAAACACUAAUAAAGGUUCCAAUACGAAUAAGAAUAGGAAUACUACUACUUCAGAUAGCAGGGGAAGGAAAAAUCGGCGGCGGCAGAAGAAGACGAUGGUGGUGCACCCCGUUCAACGGCUUUUCGAUGCUUGCAAGGACGUUUUCGCCCAUGCCGGGACUGGAUUUGUCCCUCCCCCCGAUAAAAUUGAGCAGCUUAGCGCUCUUUUGGAUGAAAUUAGGCCGGUUGAUGUUGGUCUUAGUCCACGAAUGCCAUUUUUCAGUCCGCAAGCAACUCGGCGAGCUCCAACAAUAACCUACCUGCAUAUUCAUGAGUGCGAAAAGUUUUCGAUGGGCAUCUUUUGCUUGCCUCCAUCCGGCGUUCUUCCGCUUCACAAUCAUCCUGGAAUGACGGUAUUCAGUAAGCUUCUCUUCGGAACUAUGCACAUCAAAUCGUACGAUUGGGUUGUUGGUGCCCCUAGUGCAUCAGCUGUUGCGGAACCUUCACAAACAGCACAACGUUCGGAAGUUCGGAUGGCCAAAGUUAAAGUCGAUUCCAACUUGACCGCACCUUGCAAGACCUCCAUACUUUAUCCAGCUGAUGGAGGCAACAUGCAUUGCUUCACUGCUGUCACAGCAUGCGCGGUGUUGGAUGUUCUAGGCCCUCCUUACUCGGAUCUCGAAGGACGGCACUGUACGUACUACUUGGCCUACCCAUUCACAAAAUUCUCAGGUGAUGAACAAGUAUCAAUUCCGGAUGAAGAGAAGGAUAGGUAUGCUUGGCUUCAAGAGAGGGACAAACCUGAGGAUUUGGUUGUGGAGGGGGCUUUGUACACUGGUCCCGUUAUCAGGGAAAACUGAUCUCAAAGUCUCAUUACAUAUCAUCUUGUACUGCAAAAAAAAGAAUCAUUUUCUUAUCCAUGUUGUCUUGUCAGUGGUUGCUGUUCCAGCUUUAGAAACUUCUAUUUUCCUUAUUUUCUUUUUUGUUUUUUCUUCUUUCCCUCUUAGUGGGACAUGGGUACUCUGUUUUUUUUUUUUUUUUUCACCACAGUUUCUUGUACAUAAAAGGGAAAAAUAACAAACAAAAAAAAGAAGAAAAAAAAAGGGGGAAAAAGGGCAAAACUGUUGUAAAGUGCACCGGAUGAAGUUUGUAGUUGAAUGAGAAAAUUGUUAAGAAGUGCACAUUUAUAGGGCACCUCUCUUUUUCUAA